CGAACAAGGUUCAGUGAAGUGGGGCCCUAUCUCCAAGGAGCAAGAAGACGAAGUUGAGUGGGUGAGGGCGCAGCUAUCAGAGACUGAGCGUGAGUGCGGGAACCUAGUCACGCAGAAGAAUUUGUUUGAGUCCGGACUGCUGCAAGGAAUGGCUGGCAUCAUAAGGGGGAGCACGAAGGUGGCCGUAGACAUUGAUGAGGCCGAGAUGCAGAAGCGGCUGAGGGAGUCUCGGGCCAAGAAAGCUGAGAAAAUUGCUGGGAAACGACCCAGGGAUGAUGAUGAGGGUCGGGUCGCGGACGUGCUGGGGAAGAGGAAGGCUUUGGAGGAGGCUCAUCAGCAUGUGAUGGGGUCAGGGCCGAGGCUUCCGCCCUUUGAUCUGCAGGCACCGCCGAAGCUACCCUUCGGCAUGGAGGAUGUGUUCGCUGAAGGGGUAGAGAAGGUAGACUUCGGCAGGCUACGCCAGCAGAAGAAGGAGGUCAACCUGGCUAUGCACCGGCAGGAGGUGCCCUUAGUGAAAGUCUUCCUGGAAGGCGUGAAGAGCGACCCUGAGGCUCUGGCGAGGACUCCAGCUGCUUCCUUCAUUGACCGGGCCCAAAAGACGAUCCUCACCUCUGCCUAUGCCUUUGGCGAGAUGUACGUCAGCAUGGCCAAGGCUGACAAGGAGAUCCAGAGGCUGAAGAGGCGGGAUGAGCUAGCCAAGAGCAAAAUGGCAGAGGCGCAGGAGGCCAUCCGAGAGAAGAACACCUUGCUGGUUCAGAAGGCGGCCCUGGCCAAGGAGGUGGAGGAGCUGAAGAGAUCUAGGGCCGAGGAGGUGGCUGCUGCCCGAGCCGAGGCGAUUGAGUCCUUCCGAUCCUCAGAGGAGCUGAAGAGCUAUAUCAUGGACCGACUGGUUGAUGAGCAGCUUCGCUGGGAAGAUAGGUUGGUUAGGUUCAACCCCUCACUGGAGAUUAACUUUGACACCAGUGGCGAGCCUCCUGCACAGACCCCUCCUGCUGAUGCUAGCGCCCCGACACGAGAGGCUGAGCCAGCCACUGAGGAUGCUCCUUCGACCGAGUCCUGAAGGCGUUGCCUUCGUGAUGUGUUAUAGCUAUUUUGUACUCUAGUGAUUGUGUUUGAACACUUGUUUGUUUUGUUUACUUUGGUUAUGUAUGAACAUUUGUCCUUGCCUGGAGCAAGGCUGUUUUUAUUUAUGAUAUGAACUUAGC